AUGUCCUUCGGAGAACAGUCAACGUUGGAUGUGGAGUCUUCUGGAUUGAUUUUCAUGUUUCCUUUCACUACUACAUCUGACGUACGUUUGGAAGUUAAUAAGCUUUUAGUUUUCAUGUCAUACCUCUCUGAUUUAAGCUCGAGCAAAGUAGAUUUAGGAUACUUCUUGAGAGGAAAUGGUUUGUUAAUCAGUGGCAAAACAAAGAACGAAAAUGAAACGCAGAACAAUCUCCAUCAGCAUGAUCACAAUCUUGCAAUAUUAAUCAAUUAUUUGAAAAAUAACUUUUCGCCCAAUUUCAAAUAUGCAGUGUGGAGAAAUACGACAGGCUCUCUCAUCCGACACGUCACAAAUACCCUGACUGUGAAAUGGAGUCCAGUCUCCAACCUCACACACUAA